UUUUCUUUUUAUAUCAAGAAAAACAUAUUAUUCUGAUCGCAGUGUCCUCCACUUGUUACUUAUUAAUUUCAACAACAAAUAUCCAAACAAAUUAUAGGGAAGUUCUGGACCCUUGAUCCUGGAAAGAUACUUACAAUGGCUGCGUCCUUGGUAUCUCUUUCCUACUCCAUUAAAACCGGAGCACAACCACUGUUCAACCGCCACGGCAGCCACCGUCUGCGUCCUUCGUGCCUUUUACCUCUCCCUCCCUCUAUCGGUAAACAUAUCACGAGCUGCACCCGGAGACAACGGUCUAUGAAAAAUCCAUCUGCGCUCGAAACCUCUGACGGCGCCGUUAACGUACAGGUAGACGAUGACGAAGACGAAGAAGAAACUUGUGAGCUGGUUAACAGAACAGAAGUGUCAAUUGACGGUGUAGAAGCUCACCUGUUAACGGCGGUAAAGAAUAACAACGGAACUGGAUUGCUUCUACUCUCUGAUGUCUUCGGCUUCCAAGAUUCCUCCACCAGCGACUUCGCUUAUCGCGUCGCUUGCAAUGGCUACAAUGUUCUUGUCCCGGACCUGUUCCGUGGAGAUUCAUGGUCGAAAAACCAACCAGAGUCUGAAUACGAGGAAUGGAGAAGAGGACAUGACAUGAACCGGAUCCUAAAAGACACAACGACCUUGACCGAAUGGAUGGUUGAUGAGUUUGCAGCGGCCGGGAUAUCCAAGAAGCUCGGAGUGAUAGGAUUCUGUUUUGGAGGUGGACGCGUGGUGGACGUUUUAGCCGCCGACAAGAACGGUUACUUCAGCACCGGAAUUUCUUUCUAUGGGACGAGAAUUAACUCUGCGGUGGCCGGAGACGUGAACGUCCCGGUCUUGUUCAUUGCCGGGGACAUAGACCCGCUUUGCCAAGUGAAGGGUUUGAAAGAAAUUGUGGAGAAGAUUGGUGAAGAGUCAAAGGUUCUGGUGUUUGAAGGAAGAAGCCACGGCUUUGUUCACCGGCCGGAGACACCGGAAGAUGAUAGAGACGCGGAGGAAGCCUUUUCGGUCAUGAGGAAUUGGUUACAUCAACAUUUGCUUCUUGGGAACUAAUGUUUUAUCUGCUUUAUGUACAUCCCAAUAAAAUGAACUCGGAUUCUUGUUGAUGUCUACUUAUCCGGAUCCGAUUAAAUAAAAACUUUAACUACUUAAAUAAAUAAAUUUACCAUAA